GGUCGUUGGUGGCGUAGUCUUGGAGUAAUCCAGAAUGGCUACUCUGAUCUUUGUUGAUAAGGAUAACGAAGAACCCGGCAGCCGUUUGGCAUCUAAGGAUGGGUUGAAGCCAGGCUCUGGUGUCAAGGCCUUAGAUGGGAAAUUGCGGGUUUCAACGCCUCGAGUCGGCAAAGUGUUCAAUGAUACGGACUUGCCUAAAGCCAGCAGAAAGGCUUUGGGAAUGGUCAACAGAGUUGCCGAAAAGCCCGUGAAGACUGGUAAACCCCUCCAACCAAAACAGCCAACCUUGACUGGGAAAAAGAUCACCGAGAAGUCUACUAAGACACAGAGUUCUGUCCCUGCUCCUGAUGAUGCCUACCCGGAAAUAGAAAAGUUCUUCCCUUUCAAUCCUCUAGACUUUGAGAGUUUUGACCUGCCUGAGGAGCACCAGAUCUCACUUCUCCCCUUGAAUGGAGUGCCUCUCAUGACCCUGAAUGAAGAGAGAGGGCUGGAGAAGCUGCUGCACCUGGGCCCCCCCAGCCCUCUGAGGACACCCUUUCUACCAUGGGAAUCUGGCCCGCCGCUGUCUCCUCCCAGUUCCCUCUCCACUCUGGAUGUUGAAUUGCCGCCUGUUUGUUACAAUGAAGAUAUUUAA